AUGGAAGUUCCGGAUGUUCCCACAAGGGAGGCGAUGGACUGGCCCACAGCUCGCCUCUGGCAGCGCUUUGUCUUGUACUCGCCAUAUUCUCCAAUCAACCUUCGACAUCUACCUCAACCUAUUCCAAACGAUCUUCCUCCGGAUGUCGAUCCAGAUAUAUUCACAUUUGAGGAUGCCUUCGAGGACCUGUUAUCCGAGGCUUCUGGGCGCCAAAUGAUGGACCUGAGGCGGCGAAGUGAGGCAAGACACUUGUUGCAAGAGAUGUUCCCACAGGGCGAACCGGGAUUCUUCUGGCUGCGAAGAUUACAAUCACAGGGGCUGCUUCAUAAGGAUUAUCAUGCGGCGCUUGACCAUCCGCGGGUCGAGUGGGAGCGACCACGAACCAUGGAGGAGUGGGUGGAACGAAGGCGACAAGAACUUAUAAGAGACUGGGAAGAUGCGAGAGAUGCAUCACCCAAGGAAGCAGGGCAUGGCCCUUCGUGGAGUGAUUGGUUUGACAAGGACAUCACUAUUAACUUUGGAGACAUGGUUCGCAAGGCAGACCGUGCGUUUAAAGAUUUGGCUCAUGCAAUCAAUGAGGCGAGCCAGAAUAACUCACAACCAGCUGAUGCGUCAAAAGAACGAACCUCGUCUGAAUCGAGUAGCAAGGAGCCAGAGACAGAGGGUGACCUCUUCUCUGUGAUCAGCUCGGCGUUUGCCGAUGCAGACAAGUCCCUCAGCACGUUCUUCAAGACCUUCACUGAUGGAAGUGUCAAGACGGACUUCUCCACAUCUUUUGAAAAGCAAGAGAAGUACUCAAACAGCGAAGGUGAUGACAGUAAGUCCGAGAGGACUGUGAAGUCUACCGAGGAGCACGUUGACGAAUAUGGCAACCUCCAUACUAAGACCGAAAUCAAGAGAUUGAGUGCUGAUGGACAGGAAAUUGGACGGGAGACACACUACUCAAUACGGCCUGUUCCGCAAAAUACAAAGGAUAGCGAAGCAAAUGGCGACGAGACAGAGCAUAUUCCGAGGAAUGUUGAAUCUCAGAAGCCCUCUGGUUGGUUCUGGAAAUAA